AAUGUUUGGUUUCUUAUCAAAUGCUAUGCUGUUUGCCAUCUUUGAACAGUAUAAUAUCCCUUGUGAUAUGGUAACAUCAACGAUAGUAUCGUAUAAUUUAACCGUUGUUGCUAUAGUAUCAAUUCAUUGGAAGAGUCCUAAAAUCCUGCAACAAUCUGUCCUUAUAUUAUUAACUGCUCAAGCAGCACUUUUGUUCGUCAAAUUUAUGCCUUUUUACACUGCAUGGAUAGUUCUUGUUGGUCUAAUAGUUUGGGAUCUUAUAGCUGUUCUAUGUCCAAAGGGUCCUCUCAAUCUUUUGGUGAAAAUGGCAACAGAAAGAGAGAAACCAUUAGCAAGUGCCCUAAUUUAUUCAACUUCUAUAUUUAUGGCUGAAAGGAUUGAACGCCCAAUCGCAACUACAAGUAGAGUUGCAGAUGAAUAUCGUUCUUCCGGAUCUGUCGAUCCAAAAGAACCAAAAGGACCAAAAUUAGGGUUAGGAGAUUUUGUAUUCUAUUCCGUUCUUGUAGGUAUUGCCAUGAAAUGUAAAAGUAUAUUCGUUUUGUAUGCCUGUUUUAUUAGCAUUCAAAUAGGUCUAAUGACAACCUUAUUCUUUUUGAAUGUUUUUAAAAGAGCUCUGCCAGCUCUGCCAAUCUCUCUUGCAUUUGGGAUAACAAUGUUUGUACUAACUUGUAAUAUUGUUGAAGACCUAGGAGAGAGUUUAUCAAUUAAUCAAAUAUUCAUUUAA